CCUCUCCCUCGAGCGCUUUGGGGCUGCGCCUGCGCAGGAACAUCCGCGCCGCUAAGGACGCCCCUCCGACUCUCUUUCUGGGCCGCUGUCUCUUCGGCGCGCGACUUUUACGUCAGGGCGCGCGACUCCGAGCCGUGGGGUGGGCAAGAAGGCGCCUCAGGAAAGCGCUGAGUGUGAAUGAGGCGAGGGAGGCUUCCUACGAUGACAGUCUCAUGUCACUCCCCCUUGUCUUAUGGAGGGGGGAGCGGGGAACAAACUGAGGCGCUGAAGGCAGAGGAGCUCUCGUAAGCCAAGGGAGGGGUGCGGGGGCAGGUUCCCAAUCUUCGUUUUGGGCGACCGGGGAUCCCAGGCGGUGGGAGACGAGGCAGCGCGUGUGGAGGCAAAUAUGCUACAAAUAAUGGUCAGAGCUUGGUUGGAAAGUCAGUGGAGGCCAGCUUAUUCCCAAAUACAUAGUUGCUUACUGCAAAAGCAAGUUAAAAACUGGCACAGGAGCCUAAGCAUAACCAACACAAAACAUUCAAAGUCUCAGCGGAGAAGCUGUAAAGCAAAUAUAUCUGAGAAGAAGCUGAGUCGAUAUUUUGUCGAUCAUCGAAAGGUACAUGUGAUAGGAGGGAAAGGAGGAGAUGGUAUUGCCUGUUUUCUCAGUGAACCUAGAAAAGAAUUUGGAGGUCCCAGUGGUGGAGAUGGCGGAGAUGGGGGACAUAUUAUAUUUAAAGUGGAUCAACAAGUCAAAUCCUUGGCCUACCUCCACCCAUUUUAUAGAGGUUUCAGUGGGGAAAAGGGGGGAAGCAAAAACUGUUAUGGAUCAGCUGGCAAGCACCGUUACAUUAAGGUUCCCGUUGGUACCAUUGUUAAGGAAGGCAGUAACCUUAUAGCUGAUCUCAACCAUCACGGUGAAGAAUACGUUGCAGUGUAUGGUGGGGCUGGGGGGAAAGGCAACCGUUUCUUUCUGGCUAAUGACAACCGAGCACCAACAACUGCCACUUUGGGAGAACCAGGUCAAGAAAGGUUUCUUCACUUGGAGCUCAAGACUGUAGCCCAUGCAGGGAUGAUAGGGUUCCCUAAUGCUGGGAAAUCUUCACUCUUGCGAGCUAUCUCCAGAGCAAAACCCGCCGUCGCUCCUUACCCCUUCACAACCUUGAAUCCCCAUGUGGGCAUUGUUCACUAUGAAGACUAUGAGCAGAUUGCAGUUGUAGAUAUCCCUGGAAUAAUAAAAGGAGCCCAUGAAGACAGAGGGCUUGGCUUAGCCUUCCUGAGACAUAUAGAACGCUGCUGCUUUCUUCUGUUCGUGUUGGAUCUCUCUGUGGCUGACCCCUGGGCUCAGCUGGAAGCCUUGAAAUACGAACUGGAACAGUAUAAAGUUGGCUUGUCAAAGAUUCCUCAUGCCAUUGUUGCAAAUAAGUUUGAUCUCCCAGAGUCAAAGAACAAUUUAUUUCUCCUUAAGGAGCAAGUGAAGCAGAGAGUCAUCCCACUAUCUGCUCUGACAGGAGAAAAUCUGGAGGCAUUAUUGCUGCAUCUGAGAGAACUCUAUGAUGAUUACCUAAAAGCAGAAAAGGAGCAGGCUCGCAAGCCAAUGAAAUGGUAGUCAGUAACAGAACUCUUCCUUUGUCAUACUGAGACAGGAAGGAAAAGUAUGUUUGAAGUUAGGGGGCAUACAGCAGGUACAGUCUCUAAAAGCAGAAGAUUGCUUUUUAUUUUUUAAUAUUAAGGAGAUACACCGAGCCCUACCAGCAGAGUGCGCUAGUAGCAGGUGAGAAAGAAUGAGCAAUCUGUACAAAUAAUAAAUUAAACAAAACAUGCGUCCACCAUGCAACAGAAAGUGAAAUGUUCUUAAGCCUAUUGAGAUCUAGAGGGCAUAAUUUAAUCAAAGAUACACUUGAUAAUUUAAUAAAGGUACAUUCAUUUAUUAUGGCAUUUCUGUACCACCAGUUCCACAUGGACUCUGGGAAGUUUACAAAUUCUUAAAACCAUCAAAUAUAGCACAACCAGAGUUCCACUAGAAUUGUACUUAAAAUCCAUAGCGAUCAGUCCCAAGGAACAAUGUGGAUCGUAGACUCUUCAAAAGAGUUUUGUUUUCUCUGCCAUCAGGGAAGGUGCCUGGGUCUCCAAGAGAAGACUAUUCCAUAAGGAUAGAAAGUUUCCUCACCCCUGCCCCCUCCCCACAUACCUUCCAAGGAGUGGAGAAGACUCAGUAUCCCAUAUCUGGAUGCCUGCAUUGGAUGAACUACUCUUUGGAGCAGGCUGUCCUGAACAUAUCUAGGUGCCAACCUUGUAGAGCUUUAUAAGUGACGACCAGCACUUUUGGCUUAUAUUCAGAAGCCAACUGGCAACCGAUGCAGCACCUGCAACACGUGUUAUAUGAUUCCAGUGGUUCUUGUCUAUCAAUGGACUUCUGGCUGUACUAUGCACCAAUUGCAAUUUCCAUGUACAGUGCACUGCGUUGGUCUAAGCUAAUGGUGGUAAGGACAUGGGUGACUGAUGCUAAGGCUUCCUGCUACAGAUAGGGCCACAAUUGGCACUUGGUAUUGGGAAAAGGCUCCUCUAGUCUUGGCUUCCACCUGCCUAUUUAGCAGUAGCUGUAAGUCUAGAGGGACACCAAAAUCAUGGGCUGGUUCCUUAGGGGGAGUUUUGCUUUGUCUAGAGUAAUCACCAAGGCAAGUAAAGAGACAGAUGGUUUCUGGACAAACAGCAUUUCUAUCCUGCAAGGAUUCAGCUUCAGCCUGUUUCUUCCCAUCCAGCCCCUGACAGCUUGCAAAGACCAUUUCACAUUCUCCAUGGCAUAUCCAGCCAGGUUAGGGGUAGAAAUAUAUAAGUGAAUACUGUCAGCAUAUUGAUGAUGCUUCACCCUGAAUUUCAUGAUGACAUCUAGUAGUUUCAUGUAGAUGUUUAAAAACAGGCAAGAGAGAUGAACCAUCCAAUCCCUUGCAAGGGAACAACUGCCUAAUCACCCAGAUAUGAAAUUGCUCAGGAAAGAGCAAAACCACUGAAGAAUAGUGCUCAUAAUGUCUAUUAUGCCAGAAGGAUACCAUGGCAGGUUGUGUUGAAUGCUGCUGAGAUGUGUGUUUCAUCUAGGGCAUUCAGCAGUUGUAGGCCUACCACCUUCUCAACAACUUUCCGAAAAGGGGAAAGUUGGAGACUGAGUGAUAGUUGUCUAAACUGGCCAGAUCUAGGGAGGACCUCCAGGAGGUGUACCAACUCCUAUUUCAAGAUAGGUAGAGCAUCAUCUUACAGUGAGGCACUGACCACCUUCCAGAUUCAGUCAUUCAAAUACCAGUUUUGCAAAGAAGCCAGGUUGGGCAUGGAUCAAGCUACAAGUGACACAAUUCCUCCUAUCCACUUCCAGAAUCAGCAGACUGAAUCUUACUUUGGCAUCUUUGAGUUCCAGCCCUUGACCUGGUGCUCAGCAGAACUGCCUGCCAACAUGCCAGAAAACUCAAAAGCCCACAGGAAUUCACCUGGAAUGGGCCAUCCUUAUCAAUCUUCCUGCCCUGAAGCGUCUCCUAUGGCAUGGAGUCUGAAAUCUCCCCUCACUGAGUACUCCAAAACCAGUCCAAUGAUAAUGUUUAGGAGGUGAUCCUGCCAUGCAGGAAGGCAUCUGGUAUACAAGCAGGAUCCCCAGGUUCUCCCUAUAGCCCAACGUGAUAGGCACUCACAGAAAUAUGCCCUUGAUCAGCAUCAAAAUUUCUCUGAAGAUCAUUGCCACUCCUAUCUCAAUACUGGAGGGCAUAUCUACAAAAAGACAUUCACCCAGCCAGGUUUUGGUACGUAAAAAGCAAAGGCAAGUCACUUUUGGGUUCAGUACGGUGAACAGAAUUGGAAGGCAGUGAUUGACUGACUUAUUUUAGUAAUAUCUUUGAAAAAACAAAAAAAUACUUUCAGUUAUAUUGCUUAGUUGUCUGUUACAAGAAUACGAAAUGCUGUAGCAUGGAAGGAAUAAAAGGUGCAU